AUGAGAUUCUUCAAGGAGCGUUUAGAAGUAAUUACUUGCUACAUUCCUUCGGGGAAUGAAAUUGUUUCGGAAGAGAAUUUUGAAAAAGUUCCACCAAGUCAAGACAAUAAGGCUCAUUUUCCUCCCAAUACAUGUUUCAAUGUUUUUUGGUUUAAUCAACAACUAAACUGGACAGCACCAAAUUGCAAAUAUCUAAUCGAAUAUUUGGAUGUUUUAAAGUCCCUAGAGAGUGCAAAGGAAGGCUCAAAGGCUGUUGUUAGAUUAUGUUCAGUUGAGAAGCAAACAGGGAGAUUAGUAUAUGCUGCUUCUGGUUUUUAUGUGCUCCCGAAUGUGGUGAUAACUAAUUGUCAUGUGAAUAACAAAUUGCAAAGUGCUACUGGAUCUAACCUUUGUUUUGCCUACAGCAAUGCAUGGAACAUUAGCAAUUAUGAAGACGCCUUGGCUAGAUUGAAAGAUCUUCCAGAGCAGAAACAACUUUUCUUUUCUGGUCAAGUAUAUAAGGAUGCACCCUUUCCAACAAAGUUUAAACAAACAAAAGAAUGGAUUGGUAGAGAUCCAAUUACUGGAAAGAUUGGGGAUUUUUCGUAUUUUGAUUUUGCAGCUAACAAGUACUCUGGCCAACCAAACAAUGUUUUCUUUAUUCCCUCUUCAACCAUUUUGCAACCUGGAGAUGAAAUAAUCACACUUUCGUAUCCUGGAAAUGAAAACUCUGUUUCCCCUUUAAUAGAUUAUCAUAAUUAUGCAGAGUGGGCUCCAACAGAUUCGUUCUUAAAGAACAACAUCUUUAAUGGUAAUGGAAGUUUGUGUGCCAGUGUUGGCAAAAUUCUUCAUCCUUUCCAAGUUUCCAAUAAUGAUAUAUGGGAGAAAAACGAAGAAUUCCAAUACGACCACUCCACUCAAGAGUGUUUAGCCAGUUCUGAAUGUCUUACUUUUGGUAGCUCUGGGGGUGUAAUGAUUUCUAAAUCUUGUAAAGUUCACCAUGUUAACAAUUUUAUUUUGGUUGAAUUUCAUGGAAUUCAUGAGGGUGGAGGGUUUGUAAGAUGCAGUGAUUGUCUAAGAGAGUAUUACCAAUCAAUGAAAGAAGAUGGAUCAGUGGUGGGUAUUUAUUCCUCAGAGAUUGGAAACUUGCGAAUUUGUGAAAAGUGCCUCAAUGAUUCUGAGAAUUUCCAUAAUCCAAUUUCGUAUUCCAAAAGUCUUUCGGUCCAUUCAAAGCCAUUUAUUGAAUUCUUCAACUUUAUUGUUCUACCAGAAACAGAUUAUUCCAAUUUCUGCUAUUCCUUCACUGGUUGA